AUGAUAGAUCCAGAAUUUGAAACAGUAAAUAUUUUAUUAACACAGAGUCCAUGUGGAAAACUUCACGCUGACAGAAUAACAGACGUUGAAGCACUCACCGGCUAUAAAGUUUGUCCAUAUUGUAAAGAAGAAGUUUAUUCUAUCCGCGAUGAUCCAGAAAGGAAAAACCAAAGAAGAUUUUUAAAGCAUUGUGAGAAAUGUAAAGAAAAUAAUGGGAGAUUAAUUCAAUACGUUCAGUUGCAAAAGACACAGCAACCAUAUGCACCACAUAUUACGAAACAGAAGAUAUAUCAGUGGUUAUUAGCUCACAAUUUGCAGAAAUAUUAUAAACCGACAAGAUAUUAUAUUACUUUUGACUUUGAAACAUUAGAGACUAAAGAAGAAUUACAACUUUCUGAGUGUGCAACUUUGAAUGCUUACUUAAAACCAUUCAUGGUGUCAUCAACGGUUAAAUUAAAUGAUAAAACAUAUACGAGGAAUUUUUGCUUAACUUCGAGUGAUUCUUUUAUUUCUGAUUGGAUUGAGUUUUAUUUUCAACCUGUUCAUUAG